AUGCAGUUCUCAUCUCUCCUCGUUCUCACCAUCGCUGCCAUGACCAACACAGUUUCAGCCAAAGGUGGCCCAGCCAAAAUUUCCAUCCCCCCCUCGGCUAAUCCGGAACUCUGCCUGAAGCGCCUCGCCACCUUUCCCAACCGCCAAAAUCAGCGUGCAGACUUCCUCGGCGGACGCUGCAUCCAGGCUCGCACCUACAAGGGCAAGUUCGGCCCCUACAACGGUGACUUCUUUUUCGAGGCGUGCUGUACCGACAAGGAUGGCAACUUUGGCCAGCCGACGUACGUCAACGUUGACGAGUGCGUCAUCUUUGACCCCGUCAAGGGCGUUCUCGGGUGGAAUAAUCUCAAUGAGAAGAAAAUUCGCGAUCACUGCGGCAUGUGCACUGUCGGCAGCUCUCUUGUGCCAAAGGACGGGUUGCCUGCUGGCACCUACUUGACCUGCGACUGUAAGAAGGACAACGAUGAGGUGAUCCAGGCUAAGAUCUGGCUGGGAAUGGAUCUUAAUGAGUCCAGGAAGCCCAAGGAUGAGUUUUGGAUUGAUGAAGGGGGCAAACUCACCUGCCACAAGCAACCGAAGCAGCAGAAGUAG